AUGAGUGAAUCGCCCAAACGAAAACCAGAAAUCGUCAAGAAGGAAGAAGACGAACUUUUACGAGUUAAAACUGAAGAUGCAAAUAGCGAUAUCGAAGUUGACCACGUCGAGAACAUGGAUGAUGAAGAAGUCAACGUGACAAAAAUUGAAGAGGUUGAUGACCCUAUCCAAGAAACAGAGCCCGUGAGCAAGGUAGAAGAUGAAGAAGAUGAACUGCCUUCUAAAGAACUAAUUUCAGAUCAUGAUGAUGAUCUGGAAGAAAGUGUUCCAGCAGAAGAAGAAGAAGAAGAAGAAGAAGAAGAAGAAGACUCAGAAAAACACGCUGAAGACGACCACGUUGAAGAUGAUCACGAAGGCAAUCACGAAGAAGACGACCACGAAGAAGACGACCACGAAGAAGACGACCACGAAAAAGACGACCACGAAGAAGACGACCACGAAGAAGAUGACCACGCUGAAAAACAAAGCAACCAAGAUGAGCAAAACUCUCCUGAGCCACAGGACCAAGAGGAAGAAGAAGAAGGAGAAAAAGAAUACCCAGAUGAUGAAGACGAGAGCCACGAGAAUGAACAUGCUGCGGGUUCAGAUGUUGACCAAAAUGACUCUGGUUCGGAAAAGGACAUUGAAGAAGGUGUUUUUAAGCUCAAGCGACACAAAAAGGCCAUCUCGGAAUCUCGCGCCACUGCAAAAUCACAACUGCCGGUCCAGAAAACACGACCGCCAAAACACAGAACAGAUGACGAGGAACUCGAAGCUGGACGCAACGGGAAACGCAGCAAGUCUUCCAGCGCUCCUGCUGAAGAAAAUGAAGGUGACAACCAAGAUGAUGGCGAUAGUGAUGGUAUUGUAGACGACGAACCUCAGGAUGAAGAAACCAGACGACGCAAGGAACUUAAGGAACGUAUUCAAAACGCUGGUGCCAAACCCAAGAAGAAAUCUCGCAAAGCUAAUGAAGAAUCUCUCGACAUGUACCAAGAUGAGCUUGUCAAUCAGUUGCGUGAUCAAAUGCGUAAAGCUGCCAUUGCUGAUGCUGAAUGUGUCAGAAACUCUCAGCCUGCUAUCAACAAACUCAAAAUGCUUCCUAAAGUUACUGCUGUUAUCCGCAAGGGUACCAUGGCCGAUACCAUUCUCGAUAAUAAUCUUCUCGAGUCUAUCCGCAUCUGGCUUGAGCCUCUUCCAGAUGCCUCGCUUCCUGCGUACCAAAUUCAAAAGGAACUUUUUGAUGCCCUCGAGGCCCUUCCAAUCAAAACAAUCCAUCUUCGCGAGUCCGGCCUUGGCCGCGUUGUUCUCUUUUACCAGCGUAGCAAGCGACCUCAACUCAAUAUUAAGCGUGCCGUUGACCGGUUGAUUGGCAACUGGACACGCCCCAUUAUGGGCCGCUCUGAUAACUAUCGCGACAAACGUAUUCGCUCCAGUAAUUAUAACUUGCAAAACGACGACGCAUACCGCAAACGCUCCACAGCAGCCAGCCAGGGUGCUGCAAGUCAGAAUUCUGGCGAUCUUUCAAGUGCAAAUGCUGUUCGCCGAAACAGAGCCAUGAUUCCAAACUCAAAGCCUGUCUACUACGAGGUUGCUCCAAAGUCUGUCAUCACUCAAAGUGCAGGCAAAAACCGUGGUGGAAAUAACGAGAGUUACCGUCGUAUGACCCAAAAACUCUUAUCUAAGAAAACUUCUUCUCGCAAGUCGGGUGUGAGCAUUGAAGGUAGAUAA